AGCUGUGCUGUCCUCAGCUGUCUAGCUAUGGUUUACCUCACUCUCUGGAUGCUGUGGCGAGUUUCAGGAUGCUGCAGAAGCCAGCGGUCCAUGGCAGUGGUGCUCUCAGGACAGAAGGCCUCCCUGGAGAUACGGCAGAGACUGAGGAGGGAUGUGGACCAGAUGAAGAUUCAGUACUCGGGGUUCAGGCCUGGCCUGGUGGUGCUACAGGUGGGUGAUAGGGAAGACUCCAACCUCUACAUCAGGAUGAAGCUGAAGGCUGCAGCAGAGAUUGGAAUCAGUGCAAACCAUCUGAGGCUGCCAAAGACUGCCACCGAAGAUGAUGUCCUCCGUGGCAUCUCUGCUGUCAACAGAAACCCCUUAGUCCAUGGCUUGAUCGUGCAGCUGCCCCUAGACUCCAUGAAUCCCAUAGAUACUGAGAAAGUCAUCAAUGCUGUUAACCCGGAGAAAGACGUAGAUGGCCUGACCCAUAUCAAUGCUGGGAAACUGUCCCGUGGAGACCUAAGAAGCUGCUUCAUCCCCUGCACUCCGAGUGGUUGUAUGGAGCUCAUCAGACAGGCAGGUGUGCCGGUAGUCGGUAAGAAUGCGCUGGUGGUGGGGCGCAGUAAGAUCGUGGGAGCACCCAUGCAUGACCUGCUGUUGUGGAACCAUGCGACCGUGACAACGUGUCACUCCCAAACGGCUGACCUCGCGACUGAGGUGAGCAGAGCUGACAUCCUCGUGGUGGCGGCAGGGAAACCAGAGAUAGUGAAGGGGGAGUGGGUCAAGGUCGGGGGGUUGGUCAUCGACUGCGGCAUCAACCACAUUCCAGAUAACAGGAACAGUAAAGGCAAGCGCCUGCUUGGAGAUGUUCACCAACCCUCUGCCCUGCAGAGGGCAGCGUUCAUCACUCCUGUGCCUGGAGGAGUGGGCCCCAUGACUGUAGCCAUGCUCAUGGAGAACACAGUGCAGAGCGCCAAACACUUCCUGCAGGUGAACCAUCCAGGACAGGGGAGCUUAAAUCAUUCGAGGAUGAGCAGACAGACCCCUGUACCAAG